CUAGCUGCAGCUAACUCGGGUCGGGAAAAUGCGACAGCGACUGCCCACUCGAGGUCGUCAUGGCGACAGCCAGUGAACGUGUUCCUCUCCUCGGGCAGGCCCCCGAGUGUAGAGGAGCUGCUUCGAGAGGCGCAGCUCAAUCUCCAGAGCCUGUUGCAAGAAGAAUAUGAGGAACAGUACUCGGAGGCCAGACUUCUGGGGCAGACCUUCCGCUCUGCUGAUGAGGCCCCUGAGCCCACUCCUAGCCCAAGGCCUCAGGCGGGCAGGCGUCUGGAGUUUGUAUCGAUGCCUACAAAAUGGCAGCUGAGCGAGGAUGAGACCACCACCCAGGGUGUGAGGGCCCCUGAGGCCUCCCUGAGCCUGUUGACCACAGCCGACAAGCAAGCUGCCUGGAAUAGCCCCUCCCCUCUGCCCAUCCUAGAGGAAAAGCGGUGGCUUCAGCCUUGCUCCACGCACUCUGACAUUGUGCCCAUCAACAUCUCCGGGCAGCAGUUUGAUAAACACGCAAGUUUGCGACACUCGUUGUUUAACACAGAGACAGCCGUGAACCCCAAAUCCACCCUGAGGCGGAGGCGGACCAUUAUUGGAUUCUCUAACUUUUCCCAGCGAGACCAAGGUCACAGCAGCAGGCUGGCAGGCGGCGUGGCCCGUGCCACCACCUCGGACAUCAGGCCCAGUCAUUCUGCCCCAGAAGGUGUGCAUGGAAGAGUUGCAGUCGGCCAGGAAGCGCAGUUCCCAAAUCUCACCUCCCCAGUACUAAGGAGUCCUUCUAGUGAGCCGGAAGAACCUCUCCAGGUGUGCAGUGCCACAAACCGCCCCGGCAUGGAGAGCGUGGGAAUGGUGUACAGCGUCCCCAGUUCUUGCAACGGGCCAACAGAAUCGACGUUCUCUGCUUCCUGGAAGGGAGAUACUCUUACCUACAUGACUCCAAGCACUGCCAGCCAGAGCAGUCGAGUCGGCGAACACGGAAUAAAUCCUUCCUCAGGCAAUGCUUGGGUCUCUCUGCACUCGCUGCCCCCUUCGGUUCCUAAGGAGGCCACUGCCCUCUUGGUCACUCGUGAUAACCCUGCAGGAUGCAGCGGGUCGGCUGUCUACUCCGAGCACCCUUCUCAACGACAGCAAGCGUCUGAGCGACCCUCCAAGAUGGGCCUUCUCACUAGUGGUACCUCGAGGCUGGAGAUGGGCCCACCGGGGGCCAGCAGGUUCCGGGAGCGGUCGCUGUCUGUGCCCACAGACUCAGGCACUGUGGAGGUGGCCUACGAGGAGGAGCAGAAGGCCAGCGAGGCUUGUGCCCUGCCUUGUGUCAGUACGAGUUCUGAGGGCAGUAACAGUGCCGACAACAUCGCCUCCCUCAGUGCCCAGCAGGAGGCCCAGCACAGAAGGCAGAGAUCCAAGAGUAUCUCGCUCAGGAAGGCCAAGAAGAAGCCUUCCCCACCCAUGCGCAGCGUCUCGCUGGUCAAAGAUGAGCUGGCCCUCUUGCCAGAAGGUGGGUCAGCACUGCCCAAGGACCAGAGGCCCAGGAGCCUCUGCCUCUCCUUGGAACACCAAGGACGUCACUUGUCCCACCCUGAUGCUCAGGGUCACCCAGCUGCGCCAACUUUCAAAGAUCCGGAAGGUCCACAAUUCUCCCACCACUGGUAUCUCACUGACUGGAAGUGUGGCGACACCUACCAGUCCUUAUCUAGCUCCAGCACCGCCACUGGCACCACAGUCAUCGAGUGCAGCCAAGUUCAGGGCAGCUCAGAGUCUCUCGCCUCCCCUUCCACGUCCAGAGCCACAACACCAUCUCAGCUCUCCAUCGAGGUAGAGGCCAGGGAAGUAUCCUCCCCUGGAAGGCCCACUGGGCUGAUGUCACCCUCCAGUGGCUACUCCAGCCAGUCAGAGACCCCGACGCCCACUGUGUCCCUGUCCUUGACCCUGGGCCACCUGCCGCCUCUGAGUGGCGGCGUCCGGGUGCGUCCGGUGGUCCCUGAGAGGAAGUCGUCACUCCCCGCAACCUCGCCUAUGGAGAAAAUGUCCAAGUCACGGCUGUCAUUUGACCUGCCGCUCACCUCUUCCACCAACCUGGAUCUGUCUGGGAUGAGCAUCUCCAUCAGAGGCAAAACCAAGGUGAGCCGGCAUCACUCAGAUACGAAUUUUGGGGCCAAGCUGGCCCAGAAGACGAGCCCCAACCAGCCUGUUAUGCCUAUGGUCACUCAGUCGGACCUCCGUUCCGUGCGUCUGAGGUCUGUCAGCAAGUCUGAGCUGGAAGAUGACGUGGAGAGCCCUGACUAUGCUGAGGACCCCGCCGCGGAAGUCUUCACCUUGCCCGAGAGGAAGAUGAAACCUCCCAUAGCCGAGAAGCCCCCCGUGGCCCGAAGGCCUCUGAGCUUGGUCCAUAAGCCACCAUCUGUCCCCGAGGAGUGCCCACUCAUCUCGCCGACCUUGGCUAUGACUCCCAAGAGCUCAGCUCAACCCACACAGCCACUCCCUCCCGACAUCUACACGGUGGUGCGGAAACCAAAGCCCUCCAGUUUCCCCGAAGGCAAAAGCCCCAGGGAGACGCCAGCGCCCUCCUCUCUCGCUCUCACACCUUUUGCCAGUUCCUCUGGUGCUUUCUUCUCAGGAACACAGCAACCUCCCCAGGGCAUGAUGGAGGAUGGGGGCCCCAAGGCGAGAGCCCUGCCUGAAAGAAUCAGCUUCCAGAGCCAGGAGGAAGUGGAGAGAAAGAAAGGCAAGAUCCCGCCUCCCGUUCCCAAAAAGCCCAGCGUGCUGUACCUGCCUCUCACCUCACCCACGGCUCAUAUGGAGGCAUACGGGGCCGAGCUGAGGCUGCCUCUCAGCCCCAUCAUCACCCUGCAGGAAGAGGCCAAGGGUCCUCCCACCAGUGACCACCUGCAGUCCCCUGGUACGAGGACGACUUCACCACUGCUGGCUGAAGGUGAAAGGGAGGCCAGUCCUCUAGGGAGCUCUGUGGAACCGAGCACUGCAGAAAAAAGUGUCAUUAGUGAUAAAACAGCCGAAUGGAUCGCCGAAGAUGACGAUGAUGUGUUUGUGGCUUCACGCACAACGGAAGAUUUGUUUACUGUGAUACACAGGUCCAAAAGAAAGCUGCUUGGCUGGAAAGAGCCUGGGGAGACCUUUGCAGGCGGCAGCAGACCAAGCUCCCAUUCACCAGGGAAGAAUCCAGCUGAUUCUCCAGUCAGUGAGUCAGCUGCCUCUGCGGGGUCAAGCGGCAGUGCUAACCUGGAUGCUGGCAGAAACGACGAAUUCAAGGCCUUGCUGCAGAAAAAGGGGAGCAAGGCAACCCCAAAGUCCCGGCCCUCAGCAGCCGAACUGCUGAAGACCACUAACCCACUGGCUCGGAGAAUUAUUGCACAAUUUUCAAAAGACUACGAAACCACCGAUAACCCCAGUACCUAAGGCCAGGGUUCAGCAAACAGUUUAGUCACUAAACUUGAGUAGACGAAGGGGAAGAGAAAGGGUUUUAGAAAGGAGUCAUGGAAAUAACAAAAGAGCUUACAUGUCCUUUCCAUCCAUUCACCCUCUGGACCGCAGGAGAGAGGCCACUAGAUUUAAAGCUAAAAUCAUCAGGCACUUUAAUCACCUUCGGACAUUUUGCAUUUUCACACUUAAUAAUCUUGCCGUUACUGACUACCGAUUUUCUCCUUCUUUCCCCCCAGUGCUGUGCCCUGAGGAGAAAUUCUGAGGCGCAAGAGCACCUGCGCCAUCUUUUCGGUCACUGACCGAGCUGCUCUGACCCUGACUUUUGUCACCAAGGAGCACAGUGUGAGGGCCAACCGGUGCUGCCAAAGCUGGGGGUCGUGGGGUGCCGUUGCCGAUGAUUCACUUUUGGGGCAAGGCCUUGCUGGCCCCGGGUGGAGAAGCAGAAAGACUCUGAGGCCUCUUCAACCACAGUCAAGCUGUCUGCACCCCGCCCCCCAGAGAGCUUUGGGGGUGUACACUUAUUUCGGCAUGGGGUUGAUUGGCUGGCUUUUGUCACGCAAAAUAUGAAUGUGACUCUGUCUUGAAAUUCAUGCCUUUUUCAGUUUGAUUGUCUACACGGAGAACAGGGUGAUGAGUUUCGAUGAACCUGUAGCCCCUCCCCCCACCCCUUUAGCUAGGAAAAGUCAGGACUGAGUUCCUUUGGGUGAACCAAGUUCAGCUCCCAAAAGAGGCAGCCAUGUGUUCUCUCAGAUCCAGCCAAGGCGACUCGCGCGUGCGCCUUGAGAUUCUUCAAGUGUCUGUCAACAAGGAUAGCUAGGAUCGGUGCCCAGCUCAUGCUGCAUUCUAAGAACCCUCGUUUCAUUUGCAUAUAACCUUCAUUACAGGAAGUAAUUAGCUGAAGGAACAGCGUCAUCAAAGUCUCAAGGAGGAGAGAAAGUAAGUGUAACUUGUCCACCUCCAUUCAGUUUAGACUGUGGUGUGUGGUUGCUUUUGUUCUGGUUAAAGGAAGUCUUACUCUGUUCCAAAACUAAGAAUGUAUGGACUAAAAAAAGGAUAUAUCCCAAACCUAAAAGGCUGCCUUGCAAGUUGCUGUGGCCCAUAACGCCAAAAAAAGGGCUAUCUUUUUUUUUUUUUUUUUUUUGCCAUUUAUGUUCCACCAUGUGACCAACUUCCAAUUAACUAUGCUGUGGGGGAGUAGAGGGGUUGGAGGAAAUAGGAUGCUGACAGAGCCCCAGAACAAUCCCUGUGACACCCCCCCACACACAACACACACACAAGCUUAUAGGCACUUGUCAGUUCAAUUUUCUAAGCAGGGCAAGAGGAGUGAUUCAUUUGAUUUUCAUAUGUCUGGUUGCUGGGAGUUUGGGGGGAAAAAAACAGACAACGCAUUAAACAAAAACUGGCUGACCAUUAAUGGAGGGUUAAUUGUCCAUAUUCCCAAGAAGGGAAAAGCAAAGUCAAAUGAAAUUGUAGCCUGCUUCCUGGACCCCUUCCUCCUUCACUACCGCCAUCCCCCCGCCCCAAACGGAUUCAUUGGCCAACCUCCUGGAGGAGGCAGAAAGUGCCCCAGAGACAAACAGUUCUUGAUUUUGAUAGGCCGCCUCGCUCACCAAUGAGAAGCAAGCUCUUAGCUCCACAGCUCACACUCUAGCAGACUGAGCAGCUGAAAAUCUACACUGAGAGCUGAGGAGACUUGGGCCUCUUGCUUAGAAGCCUUAGGCCUAGGCCCUUGGUUGGUACAGUUCUGAAUUCUAGACUUCUGAGUACAGGGCAGGCUCACCAACUUCUUCGCAAUCUGCACUUGCCCUUGGUUUAGGCAGAGCCGCUUAAAAUAAUAAGCAGCGAGUACCCAGUUGCUUUCAAAAACAUCCCAACUAUUUGGUUUGAAGGUCCUGAUCAAAUUUCAGAGGGGUUGCCUGACAUAAAAUAGACUCAUUCCUGGCCUGAAUUUAUAUAUGGACGCCACACUUGGUCUGCCCCAGCCUCAGAAUUCCAAAAGAUGGAAACAUUUUCCUCUGUAGGGAAAUGAAGGGGUGUUUGUGCCUUGGCCUAACAAAAGUGUAAUGCUGCCAGGGCCUUCUCCUUGGGAACGACUUUGAACAGCUGAACUCAAGCUGAAUAUGAGACUCACAUAGUAUAGGAUUUGUUACAUCUGCUGGUUUUUCUGGAAGCUUCUCGUUUGCUACUUCUAAGCGGGUUUUGCCUCUCCCCUCACCUUGCUAUUCCUGAUGGUUUCCCCAAAACAGUCUAAAGCUGAAUGCCCAGAUGCCAUUAUGUUUUAACAUAAAGUCUUGCUUUCCUCUGCAGCAGUCUGUAUACCUGUAUAUGGGAUUCUUAGAACGUCUUCUGCAUCAUUAUUAUGGCCCUCAAAUGCCCAGUGGCGUUUUCAUUAGCACAGGAGGAUUUGGGGUAGUGAUGGUGUGGCUAGAGGGAACACCAAGGACUAGAAAUAUUCCUUUACUAUUUUGCAGCAGGGGACCUAAUCCCAAACAAACCACCAAACUGUAGACCUUGUUAGUCCAUGAGGGCCAUAACAUCAAACAUCUUCCUGCUCUUAACAGUCAACCUGUUUCACGCCCGUGAUUAUCGUAACACCAACUCGCUCUCUCCCACCGCCGCCCAUAGCCCAGUGUUCGCUGUCUUGUACACCUACUCUGCUAAGACUGGAGAAGACAGGCUGAAAGCCCCUCCAGGGAGGCUUUCAGAGAACCUCUUCCUGCCACUGUUACUUGUGUAGAUAAUAACGAUAACAAGUGAAGUGAAGUUGACCCCAAGAGGUCAGCUUCCAAUUCAAGUUGUUUCCAUCCUUCUUGCUUGCUCUGAUUCCAGCCAAUAGCAGCAGGUGGCUCUGCUGACUGACCUCAGUCUAGUCACGAGUAGAGGGAGUCAUGCCCAGGAUUGGUUAAUGGGUAGCUAGGAGUGCUUUGCUCUAGGUGGGCAUGUUUGUGAUUCAAAUGUUGAGGGGAGAUAGCAAGCCAUUCUUGGUACAACAGGAAGUCUUGCUAGUGCCUCCUCUCCUUUGCCUGCCUUAUCUCUUGCCUGGCUCCCUCCCACCCCAGCCCAAACUUGUCCCUCAGUCCCAACUCCCAUGACCUGCCUAUAGCGUACACUUUGAGGAGGCGGGACCACAGGCAGCGAAAGAGUUUGCAUUAGCCUUAUGACCAGAAGUCGACCAGUUAGUCGGAAGGCAUUACCUCGAGUGUGCAAAGAUGGAGGAAAUUCUACAAGGCUUACAAUGUGCAUUUCAUCAGAUAUCCAUCUUAAUUAACUCUCUAGACGACACAGAUCAGCUCGCAAUCCCACUGUACCUAUCUGUCUGAGCAGAUGUGUCCAUGCACCUGCCCUCUUCCUCACAAACCAUCCUGAGAAAAGAUGAGUUCAUGGCCAGGGCUCUCUGGUCCUCACCAGGGCAGCCUUCCAUCCUCACCAAGUGUAUCAAUGCAGUAGCAAGCUUUCACUUUAACCGGAUCUGCCAGGGCCAGGACCAGAGUGACGUGAAUGAGGUGCCUACUCUCGGGAGCGCGCACAUGCCUUACCCUCGUCCCAGCCCUGCACUUUGCACUCUAUAAAUAUCGGUUUAUCUACUGUCCGUGCACAAGUGUGGUUCCAUCGACGACUCCCUAUCUGCCGUUGAACCAAAUAUUUUAUUACCAUUUCUUUUCCCAUUUCUCUCAACCUUUGUAUGCCUGUAUGUCAAAGAGCCUUCAGUAUGAUCAGAAAACAUGGUUGAUUCCGAAGCAACCUGCUCUGAGUGGCAAGUUAGCCCCCAUUUCGGUAGGGAUGCAGACAGGGGCUGCCCUUCAGCAAGAUGGUGAAUGAGUUGGAGGCCUGCCACUGGGACGCUCUCUGUCCUCUUUCUGGUCCAUGUUCCCCAGACCUUGGUUCCCAGCACCAACUCUCCUGAGUGCCUCCUCAUUUGUUCUUCUCACUCAGAAAACCAUGCUCUCAGGAAAGGGAUGAAGUCCUUUACUAUGACAUUGUAAGGCUUAAUGCUACCUUUUUUGAGGGUCACUUGCAUUGUAACAGGGGAAAAGCCUUAAGCCAAAGGAAUUGAAGUUCUACUUGUAGAAUGUUAGGCACCAGUUAGUUGCCAAAGUGUAUUUUUCACCACGGAAAGGCCGAAUUCCCUGACAGCUAACUCCAGAAUAUAGAAAAUACCUUAGUCUCCUGGAAUUAUUUCAUUACAUUGCCGGUGGUUGGGUAUAGAGUCCUGAUCCCCAGAGCUGUCCUCUUGGACAAGGGACAAAGGGACCACAUCUACCAAGAGGCUCUCGGAAAAGGCUCCUGAAAGCCAUGGAGAAGGCUGAGAUUCUUCAUAUUGUACAGUGACAUUUUGACACAAAUAGAAGUCCUACGAAUCAUUUUAGUGAAAGAACACAAGGAGUUAGAGUUUGUGAGACUGUGUCCUGCUCGUGAAAGGUGAAACUGUCCAGUCAAUGUCUGAUCGAUGUCGGUUGCCCAGUGUUGGUGGUGAUUAUUAAACUUCCUGGAGGUACAAUGUUACUGAAAUCAAGCCUCUGCUUCCCCUACCCUUAUUUAUGUUUUGUGCUAUCACUUACGCUUGGUGUGAGAAAGACCAGAUCUCUGCCAGGGCAUGCAGUCCCUCCAAAGCCUUUGCCUGUGUUUCAGCCGUAAGUCACAAAGAUACUAGCAAUUUAAGAGGACAAGAGAGUAGGAAAGAGGUACAAACAGCUGCCUUCAUCAAAGGACAACAAGAAUUGUAAUUUAAACAAUGAUGUGAAAUGAAGUCCUAGAAUAUUCUGAAACAUAGGAAUAUAGUAGUAAAUGGUUAGAGACAAAUAUUUGAGGCGCUUUUAAUAAGUGUAGCAAAAACACAUUGGCAUAAGUAAUGGGUUGUGUGAAAUGCGUGUAUAUGUUUGCUCAGCAAAGCCCAAAACCGAGCAUGAUCUCAGAACUAGCAGCAGCAGCAGCCCUGGGAUGUGUGCCUGCGUAUGUGUGUGUUCGCACGCGCGUUGUGUUUAUUCCAGUGAUGUUACUUCUUCAUGCCCCUGAAUCCCUAGCACUCCGACUGUCCAGAUGGUUCCAGCCUUUCCUGUCGUUUCUGCUGUCAUUAGAGUGAUCCGUAUCUGGCCAAGUGAUGUACAUUGUCGUGUUGGUCGGGUGUACAUUUAUUUGGUAUUAAGAAAUGAUCAGACUGAAUCAACUACUUGCUUACCCUGCAAAGCCUUUGAUUUGACUUAGCUGGGACAUCUGGCCUGUUUGGGGUUUAAUUUUUUUUUUGUAAUUCACGAAUAGGAAAAAGGAAGAAGUGUUCUAUUUGUUUGGUAUUGCCGACCCUUAAACACCCAUCUUCACCGUGGUGGCUGUUCUCGACGAGGCUCUGAUUUUAAGAUUUUUGUCUACGUAGUGGAAUUGGAUAUCAACAGAUCCACCGACAAAAUCUGAACUGGAACAACCAGUUAACCCCUCUCAGCUUCUCCUUCAAGCCAAGCUUUAUAGGAACUUAUUCCCUACGUGGUGUUCAGCUUUUUAUUUUUUAACGUCCAGUUUUGUAAGAUGUUAUGCAUGCGGACGCAGCACUGUGCUCAUUGUAGAAGUCGCCCCAAACGCAUUUUCAACUCCAUAUGCCUGAUGGUGAAGAAGUAUCAAUCUGUGUGUUCUUACCUCUCCCGAUCAACUGUAAAUGACAAAUCUUUUCAUUAAUUUUUAAAAUGAGAUAUAUUUACUCUGGCUAGUAGUUAAAAUUUUCUUCUUUUUAUUAUAUUUCAGUGCUACUGUUUUCUACUCAUUCCAAAGCUUACCUUGGGGAAUAUUUCUUAUUUCUAAGUUGUUGUAUUGCUCUGAUUUUUAUAUUUAUCUGUAAUCCUGGAAUGUUAGAACUGAAAGGGACCAACCUCUCAUUUUACACAUGAGGCCCAGAAAGGUCAAAUAACUUACACAAGGUCAUGUAUACAGUAGCAGGGUCUGGCCUCAAUCCCAGGUCUCCUGUCUCUGGGGCCAGUGUGUUUGCGUUUAAAACACUGCAUUUAGAGAUGACCCACAGCUGGCUUCUACUUUUACAACAUAUGAAUUUCCCGGAUAGUUAAGUGAAUUAAUUAUCUAUGCUUUAAUGGAAAAUGCUCAAGAUUUCUUUAGUUGAAUCGAAGACAAAUCUCAUUUUCAAUUUAGGAACAUUCAUUUCCCCUCCAAAUUCAAUAUAGGUUCCCUACUUUGUAUAUGUUUUCCCUAAGAGAUGUUUGAAAAUGAAUUUUUGUAGAUCAAAUUCCACUUUUUGGUAAAAAAGUCUCUUAUGUGGGGGAAUCCUCUGGUGACUUCUUUUGAAAAACAAAGAGUCCAAUGUCCCCUAAUGUCUCUACUUCUUUUUAGUGUGAACUUUUAUAAUUGGUAUUUACUUAAAGUGGGGAAAACCAACAUAGGCUUUCCUAGAAUCUACUUUAUCCUUCCCUUCUUAAACUUUAUGAGGUACUUUCAGGCGGUAAGAUGCUCAUGAAGUCUUUAGUUGCGUUCUAGAAACUUCACCUAGCUUGAUGUUAUGUCAGUCCCUGGGCUCAAACUCCAUCUCCAUCUUAUCGGAAAAUAAUAGAAUUCCAUAAUCAAUACUGAGCUCUGCAUGCACUCUUUUCUGAAACAUUCUUUGCCCAGUGUGACUCUCUCUUUGCCUAUUCUUGGGCUUUCUUUUAUGGCUCAUGCAUACCUUAUUAUUCGUGGACCUGCAGGUGGUGUCCCUUUAGAGCCCUGCCAGUCAGUUGGAGUGGUAUUUCCAGUUAUUUCCAUUGUUCCCUUGUUUCUACUGGACCUCCUAUGGUUUCUAUUUUCAGGAAUGCUCAGAGAUUAGUGGGAUCUCAACCCGAAGGGUUGACACACUUUUUUGGUAAGGGGCCAGAGAGUAAGUAUUUUAGGUUUUGGGGGGCCACACGUGGGCUUGCUGCCUUCCCAUCUAAUUACUACACUGUCACACCAGUCGGCACAGAAGUGGGUGGAGGAGGGCCGCGUAUGUCAACCCAUGAAUCUUUAGAAGGGUGCUCUUCAUCAUGGUGUCUCUCUCUCUCUCUCUCUCUCUCUGUGUCUCUCUCUCUCAGUGACUACCUUGGUGUAGAAAGCCUCAUUCAUUUUCCCAGACCUCCUGUCCUAGUUAUCCAAUGUGCCUCUACUUCCUCAAGUUUAGGGUAAACUGGCAGGGAAGAAUGGAUUUCUGAGUUUUCUUAUUUCUUUUGUCCCAUUACCAGUCUCCCAAACUGUGACCGGGCACCCCUGCCCUGGGUCAUCUGGCCUGCCCUGCCCUAUAUUACCAUUGUGGGUUUAGGGCUGUCUCUGGAAAGUCUGGUGGCCCAGGUCGUGAGGAUCCAAUCCAGUCUACAAUUUCCUAGGAAAAUCACCAGCCCUCUUGGUCCCCAUGGCUGUUUUUAAAACCCAGAAUGUCCGUGUGUCCAUUUUCUAUUAAUUCCAUUUGGAUCUGUUCUAUACUUAGGCCCAGCAAGAAAACCAACAAGGUAUAGAAAGUAUUCUGCUCCCACAGUGUUUACCUGCCUCAACCCCUUGCCUCUUGGGCCCCCAGUCCCAAGGGGGGAUGGACUCCUUGGGAAACCCGGUGCCUCCCCCCACCCGGCCCCCAGCAAACAUGUGACACACCACUGCCUCCUGUUUUCUGAACCUUUAAAAGGAUUCCUAGGGGUGCCUGGCUGACUCAGUUGGUAGAGCAUACGACUCUUGAUCUUGGGGUUGUGAGUUCAAGCCCCUUACUGGGCCUAGAAUUUACUUUAAAAAAGAAGAAGGAGGAGGAGAAGAAGAAGAUUCCCUAAAGCUUCUUCACAACUCUCUCCAUCUCAGGCCCAUCUCUACCUCUCAUGCUACUUGGAAGUCUAAACCUCAGAUUCACAUUUUCCCAUUUGCUCACAUAAGCCUUGAGGGGCAUGAAUGAGGAAGGCGUGUGCCUCUGCAUGUGAGCAUAGUUUCUCCACUGGGACUGUGAAGGCCCUGUUGACUAAUUCUCUCUCUGUCUCUCUCUCUUUCUCUUUCAUACACACGCACACAUACGCACACACACACCAUUGUGCACAAGCACACACUCCAUCCAGUGUUCUCAUCAGGUCUCUGGUCCAGCUCUACGUCUGGUCAAUGAGAAGGGGAUUGUUGGGGCUCCAGUGGCAUUUCCCUUUUUCUUGUCUUUUGAACACUUCUUUCUGCUUCUCUCAGGAAGCCAUUAGAAGAAACUCGUCUGUGACAAUUGUGGACAGGCUGACAUACAGAGUGCUAGGACUUUCAUUCAAUAGGCACUCGGUCACUCAGACAUACCUCUGAGGCUGCAGUUUUUCCUAUCGAAGCAAAUUGCUUUUUAGGACCUUUCUACUUGUUUCCUGUCGUUUGAGCCCAGGGAUCUCCCCCAUUACUAGAAACUAAAUUCCUAAAAAGUCAGAGGCAUGAGCUAGUACCUUUCAGGAUCUCCCUAUGUGAAAGCAUCUGCAAAACAGUUUCUUCCCACCUUUGGUUUUAGAUUGCCAGACUGAGGAGGGGAACCAUGCUUAUACCUUGAUCUCUAAGGCAGCAAAAGAACUAUGCACCUGCCGAAAGCAAAAUAAGGAAGGAUUGACUGGUCCUACUGUGCAUAGUCAGGAGACAGACUUUUGUCAGGUCCACAUGCAGUGCUUACUAAAUGCCAACAACGCACUUAAGAAAAAUAAGGGAGGCUGGAAUUUACAGACCAAUGUCCUAAACUGGAAGGUGGAGAUAAGGCCAUUCCCCCAGUGAAGAGACAGUGUCCCUGGAUAAAAAUUUCAGGAAGCUGCAGAAACUAGGAGAGAUCAUCAUCCCAGUCUUUUUUAGAAUUCUAACACACAGUGGAAGGAAGCCCUCUGCGGGGAGAUCAGACAAAGGUUUUUUCUUGUCUUUCUUUUCUUUUUCUUUUCCUUUCUUUUCUAUCUUUCUCUCUUUCUUUUAAGCAUUCCAUACUGGCUUGCUACCAGCCAUUGAAGCGUAUUCUUUAUAUAGCUAGAGCUGUUUGUGUCUUCUCAAAAUAAAUUGUUUCUGUUCAAAAUCA